AGGGCAGGGCUGUUGGGCUGGCUGACACACAUCGCUGCCGCUGCCGCCAGGCGAGCCCAGCCCCCAGCCGAGCAGCGCUCCGCUGCGUUCUGUCAUGUUGGCAAGAGAUGGUUUCACCUAGGCGUGCGUGUUUACGGUUGAGGCAGGCUGCAUAUGUCCCAGCAAAUAUCUCGACAAUGUCUUGAAACCUUCAAGUUCAUGUGUUUGUGUGGUGCCGUCUCUGUGUUAUUGUGGAUAUUAUGCGCUCAAGGUUUUCAAGUUAACAAAAUGGAUCAAGAAUUCUGCCUACGUUGGAACAAUCACCCGACAAAUCUGACAGAUGUGCUUAGUGACCUACUCCAAAGGGAAGCUUUAGUGGAUGUGACAUUAGCUUGUGAUGGAAAGACAUUCAAAGCACAUCAGACAAUAUUGUCUGCAUGUAGUCCCUAUUUUGAAAACAUAUUCCUCCAAAAUAAAGUGCCACAUCCAAUUAUUUUCUUACGCGAUGUUGACUACAGAGAAAUGAAAGCCUUAUUACAUUUUAUGUAUAAAGGUGAAGUGAAUGUUAGUCAGAAUUUGUUGCCAAUGUUUCUUAAGACUGCAGAAGCACUUCAAGUGCGAGGACUCACAGACAGUUACAAUGCAAGAAGGCCAGAAGAAUCAACAUCAAGAGGGACGAAUUCAAGAGGUAGUACACCUGUCAGAAGUAUGGAGGUUCGAAAUGAUACACCUCCCCCCGAGAAGAGAAAGCGCAAGUCAUCAUCAAGUGGAGACAUCUCAAUCUCAGGAGCAGGUCCAAGUGAAAGAUUUCACUCCAAUGCUCAGCCCUCAUCUCAGAUGAGCUUCAAGACUAGUCCAAGCCUUUUAUCUAAUACUCCUGCCUUAAAUCCAGUGCUACCAAGUCCAACAGAUGUAGAAGAUGUGUUAGAUGCUUCCCCUCCACCUCAACAAACUGCACCUAUUAAACAAGAGAUGGAUGACUUCCAUGGAAUGCCUCCGGUGGUGAGUGGGGGGCCAUUGUUCAACGCAGAUGACCUCAGCAAUAUGUCACAACAUGGCGGAUUAGAUGCCAGUGAUGCAGAACCAGGAGGAGGAUCAGCAGCUGACAGCUUGGACGCGCUUGAUGGGUCUAAAGUGUGGCACAUGCGGCUGACCUUUGAGCGGAUCCAGGGAGUGGCCAACAACUUGCACCGCUGCCGACUGUGCGGCAAGGUGGUGACCCACGUCCGAAACCACUACCACGUGCACUUCCCCGGCCGCUUCGAGUGUCCCCUGUGCCACGCGACCUACACGCGCAGCGACAACCUGCGCACGCACUGCCGCUUCAAGCACCCGCUCUUCAACCCCGACCUCAACAAGUUCCUCGCGCGCCCGCCCACCGGGUCCCUGCCGUCUCCGUCCCCCUCGCCGGGUCAGUCCGCGGGAGCGCAGGACCUCGCGACGACGUCGAGGGGCGGAGGCGGGGGUGGUUCUGGGGGCGGCGGGGGCGGUGGGGGAGGGAGCGGCCGGUCCAGCAGCAGCCUGCGCGACUUGGAGCUCAAGCACUUCGGGGACAUGAUGGGGGAGCGCGACAGGGAUGGAGAGGACGCCAGCGACAAGUCCUCCUGAAGAUUAGCCGGAGCGGGAGCAGGCGACCAGGACUUGGGCCUGGGCUUCUACUCCCGCUCUGUGUAUGAAGCUUUCGGGUCAAUGCCCGGCUUCAGCGGCCUGCUCAACCCCUGGCGCGCCUGGUGGGACCCGAACCAGCCCUACAGGCACCUGGACUUCCACUCUGCGUCGGCCACUCAUCCUGGUCCUGGUGGCCCUCCAUAAUGAUGUGAUGGUGUGACUCUUGCUACGAUGGGUGCUCAAGUACCUCGGAGGGGUUGCCACAAAACUGGAAGGCAUUUCUCUUCUCAUUAUUUGUAUCCUGUACCAAGCGAGUUUUAAUCCUCCUUAUUUAGUUUGGAAAGGAACAUUUUGAUAGAUGAAGUGCCUACUGAGGUCUGUUGCAACACCUAUGAUGGUAAUUACCUCAUUUCUAGAUUAAAUCUUAUGUGGGAAAUGAGACUCAUCCAUGUUCUUCUAGUUCUGUAUCUCAUGUUAUUGUCUGCACAAGUCCAACAGCAUUUAGUGGUGGCUUGCGUGAACUCAAUGAGAUUUUGUUGUGUUGGAUGUACAUCUGAUGUGAUAGUUUCUAACAUGUCAAAAACAAGGGUGGGAAUUGACAAAAGGGCUUAACAAUUUCAGCGUUAAUCAGGUGGUUACAAAUUAUGUAUCCAUGACAUGCCCAUUGUUUUAUAUGCCUAACAACUAUGCAUAAAACUGUUCAAGCAUGGGUUAUUUUAAGGAAACAAACUGAUCAAGGAACGUCCAAGUACUUUAAAUAUUCAAAUUCAGGAUCAAAUUCAAUUUUUACUUAUCUAUGAAUUUGAAAUGCCCCUCUUCUUGUUAAUCCCUUAACCAACUUUUUCUAGUCUGAAGAAAAGAAUUAACAUAUUAUGUAAAGAAUCUAUAUUUGUUACAUAGUUUUCUCAAUUUUUCUUUUCAUUUUAACAGCCUUCUGGCUCCUUAGUUUUUCUUCUAUCCCUGUACCACGUACAAUUCUAUUGUGCGUACAUACAUCGUACUUUAUUCAUUGGUGCAUGGCACCUUUAUGUGCUCAGUAUGACAAGCGCAACACUUAAACAAAUCUCAAAUUUUACUUGACAUUGUGAGUCAAAUUUGGUUUUAGAGUGAGCGAUGGUCGUUCCAAUUGAAAUAAACAAUUUUUAUAUAGAUGAAUAUGGAUAUAUUAUAUAAACACACAAUAUAUAUAUAAAGUUAUAUUUUUAUUUUCGUUAUUUCCAUUGAACAUGUUUGUUGAUUUGUGCUCUUCUUAUCUUGCUAUACAAUAAGAUGUUGUGUAUGAUUGUUAAUCUGUAUGUUGAAAUGUAUGCUGUGAUUCAUUUAUAUGUGUAUAGACCUAAAUGUCUUGCAAAUUAAUCAAAUUGUGUACCUUUUUCUAUUAAACUCUUGUGCUAUGUGCACUCAAGUCUAAGUGUGUACUUAUCUAUAAUGUGGUUUUGUUAGUUAAAGCUUAAAGUGAAUUUAACUACCAUUAUACAAUACUCAUUUCUGGCCAAAUCUUGAUAUUUAAAUGUCUUAUAUCUAUUGAGAAAGAUGAUACUGUCUGUGCACAGCUCAAGUUAAGGCUCUGUAAAUAUGCAUUUGGAUUGUGUGUGUUUUGAUAACACAUGCAAUAAGUUUGCUAGUUCCAUAUUGAAUCUUGUGAACAAGAGCUCAAAUGAUGCAAGUUUCUGUUGGUUAGCUAGUGAGACCAUCCCAUUUUUGUGACUUUGUCAUAGUUGGAUAGGUUUGUGUUUGUAGUCUAAGCCAUGCCAAUGACCAAAGUUCUUGCCUUAGUCCAGAAAAGUUCUGUGCAAUGAUUCUGUUAAAUUGGCACUGGACAAGGAUGUAGUGUGUGAGAGGAUGAGUUGUGGGAGGGAAUAGAAAUGGGGUGCUGUGGGCCUCAUUGGAUAGUGUGAAUAACGUACAAGUUUCUUUCAGCUUUGUUAAAUUCAGAGACUGGACUCUUGUGCUGUUUCCUUGUGAUAAAGGUGCUGUUAGAAGCUCUGUACUUAAAGUAGAUCCUUUGCCAGUAGCUGUUGCAAAUCUCAGAAGUGUUAUGAUUUUGGUACUUUUAGUCCUUUGUGCUCAGUAUCACAUAAUGCAGUCAGCUCCUCAGUCAAUAAUGUGUUUUGUAGUCGGCUUGUGUGAGUUUGCUUGCACAUAUAAUUGUGUAGAUUGGGUCUCUGUGUUUUGAUUGGCUGUGACAGUGCACAGAAUGGAAAAUGCUUUUUCUUAAAUAAGUGAGCAACCAUUUCAACGAAUUCAAUUUUUAAAUGGCUAGUGAGGAGUUUGUAGGCAUUGUCAACUUUAACGACACUCAUUUAAGUCCCUCUGUGACAUUGAUAUUGGAUCUUUAUCAUCAAGUAUAAUCUCGUUCAUCAGCAUUUUCUGUGUGUUUACCUACUUAUGCUGCAGUAGUGCUGAUCUGAAGUUUGAAACAGGAAAAAAUGGAAAACAGAUCUCUCAACUGAAUUUAAUGGCAGGCUGUUUUUCAUGUAGUUUGCUUUUUUUAACGUUAAUGCAAGGUUGUGGUUCUGUUGUAAUUUGUUAUGCAGCAUUAGACACACCCAGCAUUGUGUAGAAAAAUAUGGUUGCGCUUCAGAUAUUGACAUUUUUGUAGACAUUAACUUGCAUGAUCCAAAUUCUCCCUGGUAAUUAGUGUGCCUUGAUGCACUUAAGAUUAAGAAACAAUUGUACUGUCAAGUUGGUCACAAUAAUGAAUCUCUUCAUGGACUGUUGAUGGAUUAGGUCAUGACACAUGACUGUAGGUUGGCUUACAUCUUAAUUUUUAAUUUUUAUUUGUGUUGCCACCAUUUUUUUAUGUAUUAUCUAUUGGCCUGAAAUUUUAAAGGGACUGAUGCAAAAAUCAUAAUCAGGUAUUCAGUGGAGAAUUUUGAUCAAAUAUAUUAGGCUCAAUUGUACACUGGGCUUUAUGCUUCUUUUAUCAGCUGGUUGAGGUUGAACGCCAGCGCUAUAUCCCACAUUUUGUAUGUUUGCACCAUUUGCUGUACUUACAUUUUAUUCGUUACAUGUAAAUAAUUUCAAGGCUGGUAUCAAUUAGUGAAAGUAAGGUUCUCUGCACGGGAAACAUAAUUUGUUCUCUGUAAAAAAAAAAGUUAAAGCAUGCCUAACAAGAACAAGGAUUGCUAUUUUGUGAUAAUAGCACUGCAAUCAACAGUCUGAAUCAAAUUACAUUUACUUAAUUAGGAAAUAGUAAGUUUUCUUUGUUAGAAGCACAUGCCACGUAUAAAUUGGUACCCAGCUUUCAUUCUCAUUGAUUAACUGAAGAGCAAGAUUUUAAUUAUCAAAGCAAUUCAGAGUGUGUUGCUCUCUUAAUCUUAAUUGACUCUUGACUGUCAGUGUGUGUAGGCCUUGGCUAUGCAUGGUUCGUUUAUCUUAAAAAAAAAAAUAUCUUGAGAGCAAUUUGAGUGCAAUCUGGACUGCUUUGUCUUGCAGUGUCCCCCUUUUUUGGUUCAUUUCAAUGAUGCUGGAAAACUUACAGUAAACCUAAAACAUCUUUUUAGGGAUCACGUUUUAUUAUUUUUUCUCCAAUCCUGUCACACAUAAAUUUGUGAUAGGCACUGCAAAGCAAAAUAUUGAACAACUCAGUUCCCCACCCAGUUCAAAAUUAAAUCAUGUCUUUUUGGAAAGGAGGAGUUUUGUAAGGACUUUUAUAACAUGAGGAUGGUUAGCUGUCUGGUAAUAGCUGCUGUUUAUUAAUUAUCUUUUUUUAUCCCCCUUGAAAACUUGUCAUGUGUUUCUGAACAUGUUUGAGGAUUUUUGUUUGUGAUUUAUAUCCGUAGAUAAUCUCUUUCACCUGUUUGGUGUUUUAACAAUAAGUAAUGAUAAACUUUCUGUAAAAGUUAUGAUCCUUGUUCAUGUUAGGACUCCCAUCUUUUUACAGUGUUUCAGAGCUCUCUUUGUGGUUUUCAGGAGGUAUAAUUUACAUGCCAAUAGCAUUUAACCGUUUAAAGACUGUGGAAUGUGGACUUUACAUUUUCUUGUGUUUAUCUGUCUUUUUAUUUUUUUGAAAUUCGUAUAGUUUUUGUCAGUUGGUGCUCAUUUUGUAAGGACCCAUGCCAAGUGUGCAGUAACAAGGGUAUUAAUUCAAAAGGACUGAUUUCCAUCCUAGGAAGUGAGCAUAAGAAAGUGGUGCAAAUGCUUUGUAACAAGAGCUGGCCCUGUCUUGGAUGUUAUUUCCUCUUUCUCUUAUGCAUACAUUUGGGUUUCUGGAAGAUUUGAUAGUCAAUAUAAUAUUAUGAGUUCUAGGCUGUGUUGAUCUACACUAGGGGUAUUCUAUUGUGAGAUUUUUGCUCUACCUUUUGCUACAGUUUUAUUUCAUUUUUUUAAUUAGAUGCGAGUAUUUACCAAUACUUUUCAGAAAGGCUUCACCUCCUUUCAUGCCAAAACCUAAUACUUAUCAGUGUGAUUUUCAGUCUAUAUGUUAAGAAAUUGAUGUUUUUGCUACAAAAAGAAAACCAAACAAAAUGGAACAAUUUGUUAUAGGUCAUGAUUUUAGUUAUAUCUGUGGCAGGAUAUUUUUCGUAAUAAAAAAAGAAGUGAAUAGAACAAAAAGCAAAUCUGUGUAGUAAUGCACUCAAUAGACUUAAGUGAACAAAUUAGAAAGGGUCUGCUGUUGUUGCAGGUGCUCUCUGUUGCCUUUCAUAUGAAAUGCCUUCUGGAAGGGCACUUGCCAACGUCAAGUCAGUUUUUGAUAUGCCAUAAAGAGUAAAUUGGCUCUUUAAUUGUAGGUUACUGAAUUAUCUCUCUAAUUUGCCCAUAUUGUGUAGAACUCUGGUCAUGAGUCUUAUACACUGAAACGAAAAGCGUGUAAGCUUUCUAUCCUGGUGAAUCAAAUUAGCAAAUAUUUAUUGGUUUUGAAGUCCACACAUUACUUUUUUCUGGAAGGGUAUAAAUUCAUGACUACAUUCCUUACGCUAUUGAUGUGGUUGUAAUAAUAAUACAAUCUAUCCUGAAUGAAAUGUACCAUCCAAAAUGUAAACUGCAUAGUGAAUCCUCCAUGCUACUUAACAAGUCAAUUCUUUAUGUGUAAGGAUGUCUCACAGAAAGAUUACACGCUUCUUUUUCAAGGUAUAAAAAAAUUUCACUGUGUAGUUUUUCUCAACACUGUGAAAGAUGGAACUCAUUGUAAUUUAGUUAUGGUCCAAAUGAUGAGAACUCCUUGCUCACUUGCACUAGUAACUUCCAUGGAUUAGCUGUUUAUGUCAUAUAGUAUUUAUUUGAAUGAGAAUUCCACUCAGUUUAGAAAGUGAUGGAAAUGUGAGGAUAUAAAAAGAUGGCCACGAUUGAUUAUCGUCCACUAAAAUGUGAUUUUAUUCUAUAGAUAAUAUCAGUUAUUAUUGAACUACCAUAAGUUACCAAGUAUCAAAAACAUUAAUAAUAAUGCCUUUAUGUUUCUUAUGUGUUGGAAUUAACGUUUUUUAAUGCAGAGGGAAAGUUGUUUUUUUAAUUUAGUGAAAGCUAUGUUGAUAUCCGUCCAGCUGGUCUAGAUUGUGAGGACUUUUUUUAACUGUACAAUUAAAAUGGUAUUAGGAUGACAAGUGUGACAGUGGGUAGGUCACCCUAAGGCUCACACUUUUAUAUUGUAAAAUAUAUUUAUUUUUAACGAAACUGGUAAAUGUUUAUUGAGAAGGGUAAAAUGUGUGUAAUAUACUUUGUACAUAUUGUCGAUACAUCUUUGAGAAGCGUAUAACUUUGUUAGUUUUGUAAUGUAUUAAGUAGGCUAUAAGGCAUCAUAAAAGGGAGAAAGGUGAAACAUUUAGUUAUUUUUAAAGCAAAGCAGGUGGAUUAUUUCUUCUUUUGCUAAUUUUACCUUUUCUAUUUAAAUAUUGCAAAUGAACAACUGAUUCAAGACAGCAUCCUGUUGACUUACUCGUGGCAGUGCAAUAAAUGUGAGCUUAUUAAUUUAGUCAGUAAAUCAACAUCUUGGACCGAUGUGAUUAACACACGUGUUACUUACUCACAUAUUGACUUCAAACACUUUUUAAGAUAACCAUCUUUUUUUAUUGACCCAGUUUCCUGCUUCAGUUUUGAGUUUUGUAUGUGCAAUAAGGUGUAGUGAAGUGCUUUUUUGUACUUGUGUGUGAUAAGAAGUUAAGGACAACUUGUGCCAAAUAUGCCAAAUUUGAUAGAAUAAAAAAACAAAACAUAUUGAACAGGGUCUUAAAAACAUUUUGUCACUUGUGUUGAGUCUCUUUUAUUUUUCAAUGUGAUGCCAAUGUGUUCAGUUUUUCUCUGUGCUGGCAGAACUUUUCUCCAUAUCGGAAUCUGAUCAGUUGCAAGUCAGGCAUAUAUUUGUUUGUAAGUUGUUAAGGAAUGGAACGUUGCUGUGUCAAAUUAUGUGUUAUCUUUAGAAGUAGACUACAGACAUUCCUGGGGACAGCGUAGGCUUGUCUCCUCUUUGACAUAUUUGUACAGUUUGUGGUACCUGGAUGUGGAAUACUAUCUAAGUCAGCUGUGGAACCAAACAAACUUUCACAUUGUUCACAUUGAUUAUGUAUUAUUUCUGAGCUUACUAAUAAAAUCUAUAAAAUCAA